CAUUCGAAAAUGCAAAAUAUUUGACAACCUCUUUGCGCUUGGUCGGUUAAAAAACAGCAUAAACAAGCAGAAAUUUCGGCCUUCAUAACAAAGAUGUUGCUCUCUGAUACUUAUUUAUUUAUAUUCUCACUUGUUGACGCCGCUGGAUUACUAUUUCUCACAGUAUUUUUUAUUAUCAAUCUAUCGGAUUUAGAAUGCGAUUAUAUCAAUGCAACAACGUGCUGUGAAAGGCUGAACAAGUUUAUAAUUCCAGAAAUUAUUGCCCAGUUAUACUUGCCUGUGAUGUUUCUCAUUCAUUUUCACUGGAUUUACUUCGUUAUAACAUCUCCAAUAGCUGCAUGGCUGAUAUAUCGAUAUCUGAAUAAACCCUCAGGCAAUGUUGGCAUCUAUGAUCCAGCAGAAAUUCAUAAUAGGAGUGAACUAAAAGGUUUUCUAAAAGAGUCCAUGGUUAAACUAGGAUUUCAUCUCAUCUCAUUCUUCCUGUAUUUAUAUAGCAUGAUUUCUGUCCUGAUUGCCAAGAAAGAUAAAUCAUAAAAUAACGUUCCUGUUUUGCCUUCAUCAAGUUGAACAAUAAAUAUUGAAAUCUUCAUUUAGAAAUAACGGAAUGUAAUAUUGCACUUAGGGACUGUACACUAUUAUAAUUGAAUUUUGUGUUGCAUUUUUAUGAAAACGAACAUCUUGUUUGCAAAUCUUCAUCACCAAUGUGUUUGUAUUUGUCAAGAAAUGGUGAAAAUGUGUUGUAAAUAAAGCUAAGCUUAGCUAUCCAUAUUUAUAAAAUUAUUCAGCUGUAUAUUUUAUGCUGGUGUAGGUAUUAAA